UAUAGCUUUCUAAACCCCCUACACCUGUCACCUUUCCGACCCUCUCUGAGGCUUCCCGUCGCUGGAUGAAUUCAGUCCUCGGAACAAGUUGCUGAGGCCGAGCAAGUGCCUGUGAAUUGACCACAAGUGAAGGAGCCCCGCGAACUGCUCUACUCUCCCCCCAGCUACUGAGCUGUAAUGUCAUAGGAUCCGGCGUGACACUUGCUAACUUCCUAAUCGCGCCAUGAGGGUAAACCGGCCGCGUCCUGGUUCAAAGCUGGCAAAGCGGGGCCGCUGGUAGAGCAGCUGCGAUCUUGUUCCCGGUCAGGUGACGCUUCAGGGCGCAGCCAGGAGCGAAGCAGGCUGGGCACGAUGCCCUGCAGCAUAGUGGAGUACAGCGGCUGCAAGGAGGGCUACCCGUGUGGCUACUGCGCCUCUGCCCAGGGGAAAGCCUCCACUGGCAUGUGGGCGCAUUCAAUGACUGUUCAAGAUUACCAGGAUCUUAUAGACAGAGGAUGGAGAAGAAGUGGGAAGUAUGUCUACAAACCCAUUAUGAAUCAAACAUGUUGUCCUCAGUAUACAAUAAGAUGUCGACCUUUACAUUUCCAACUUUCCAAAUCUCACAAGAAAGUUCUGAAGAAAAUGUCAAAAUUUCUUACUAACGGGGAUACUUCCAAGGUGGCUGGUGAUGUUUCAGAAGAACCUAUGGAUUCCCACAGAGAGGAUGCUAUUGUUUGCAGUUUUGUGUUAAAAAAUGAAUCUGACAUCAAUCUAUCUGAACUGAAACCCCUGAGUGUGGACGAGAUGCAGAGGGUGGAGACUGAAGAUAAUAACGAAGAGGAGGAAAUGAAAAAAGAAGUAAAUGUGAAAAAAGUAGCAUCAGAAUCUUUCCAGACAUGUGCAGAUCAAGACAAUGCAAGUUCUAGUACACCAUCACAUUCAGCUAAACUUAUUCAUACAACACCGAAACCAGGAAAAGGGGCUGAUUUGAGCAAGCCACCCUGUCGGAAAGCUAAGGACAUUCGAAAGGAAAGAAAAUUGCAGAAGCUUCUUCAGAACCAAACUCACACACUUGAAGGUCCUCCAAAGCAAGUGGAGCCUCAAGUUUUACUCUCUCAAAUCUCUAAAUCUAAAGGGAAUCAACCUAAGUCCCUUGAAGACUUAAUUUUUGUCUCCUUACCUGAUGCCAGACAUCAGUUAGAGGUGAGGGUAGUGAGAUCAUCUCCACCAAGUUGCCAGUUCAAAGCCACAUUUCAGGAGUCUUACCAGGUUUAUAAACGUUACCAGAUGGCUAUUCACAAGGACCCACCUGAUAAACCAACCAUAAGUCAGGUGAGGUUAGUACCUGUCUCCUCUGAAGACCCACAGUUCAAAUCAUCCUUCAGCCAGUCAGCUACUUUAUUUGCCAAGUAUCAGAUGGCUAUACACAAGGAUACACCCUCUGAAUGUGGCGAGUAUGAGUUCACAAGAUUCCUGUGCGAUUCUCCCCUUGAGGCAGAGAAUCCUCCCAAUGGUCCUGAUUGUGGUUAUGGUUCUUUUCACCAGCAAUACUGGCUAGAUGGGAAGAUAAUUGCAGUGGGUGUAAUUGACAUUCUUCCAUACUGUGUGUCUUCCGUGUAUCUGUACUAUGAUCCUGACUAUACUUUCCUAUCAUUGGGAGUCUACUCUGCAUUAAGAGAAAUUGCUUUCACUAGGCAACUCCAUGAAAAAGCUGAUGAACUGUGCUAUUACUAUAUGGGUUUCUACAUUCAUUCAUGUCCUAAAAUGAGAUACAAGGGUCAAUAUAGGCCAUCUGACUUAUUGUGUCCAGAGACAUAUGUCUGGGUACCCAUUGAGCAAUGUCUACCUACACUUGAGCACUCUAAAUAUUGUCGUUUCAACCAGGACUUAAAAGCAGUUGAUGAAGGUUGUAUUAAAGAACUGGGCCGAGUUCGGGUUCUUCACAAGAGAAUUGUAAUGCCUUACAGCGUGUAUAAGAAAAGAUGCAAGGGGCCAAGUGAUGAAGCCAGUGUUCAGCAGUAUGCAAGUUUGGUGGGACGGACGUGUUCAGAAAGAAUGUUGUUGUUUAGAAGUUGAAGAGAUACUACCUGGCACCUUCACAGCACUAUGCUUUAUUGCACUGCAGUUGGAUGAUAUGUUAUACAAUUCUGUAGACUUAUUAAAAUAAAGUAGUAUAAAAUAUAGGUAUCUGCAAUAGGUUAUUGUGAAUACAUGGCAGAAUACAUGGCAAAAUCCAUUAAAACUUUGAAAGAUUUACAGCAAAGCUUCAGCAAUACGUAGAGAUGCUUAGCUAAAUUUAUUCACGGGAAUUUUUAAAAAUUCUGGCCUUUCUUUGCAUUCUGAAUACCUUAAUGUACACAAAUAAACAAAAUAACAAAUUGUUGUUUUUUCCUGUAGAGGCAACGGUUAACCAUAACUGUUUCCCAAAUAAAAAAUACAUCUAUUAGAAAAUCUCUGGAAAUCUGUAAUAAAAAUUGUGAAAGUUGUGGCGAAAUGUGUGUAAUUCUUAGGUUUCUACAUUAACUAUUGCAAGAAACUUUGUGUGCAGUUACUAGUUAAUAUAGAAUGCUGCACAGUUAUUCAGUUUAUUACUAUGUAAUGUAAAAUAUAUACAGUUGAGCUCAUUUCACUUGAACCAUUUCGUUGUUUUUAAAGAAUGUGUAUUAAAGUGUCAAAGACCAUUCUGAACUUGGAAAUUAGAUUCAUUUGGUAAUGAAAGGGACAGCAACAUUUUAGAAAACUUUUCCCUUUAGAGAUAAAAACUGAAAGUAAUUUCAUUAUAAAAUUACCAAAGAGAUACAGCAAAACCGUGAAGUGGGUAAAUAUGCUCUUCUGCAUUAAUGUUCAUUCAAAGAAUCAUGUGGGGGAAGCCUGAACAGUAUCUCCUAUUCUGUACGCCUUAUAACUAGUAGUGUUAGCAUCCCUGGCUUUCUCUUCUUCUGCAGCCACUAAUAGGAUGACACAUUUAAUAGUUUUUGAAAAUAAAUAUUUGUACUAGUUAGAAAUUCAAGAGGUUAUGUAGUUUUGUUAUAAGCACUAUAUUAUUUAAUAUUUUAAUAUUAGGCCUUCUCUUUUCCCACCUAUGUCUCAGUAUCUGCUGACAGAACCCAAUUCUUAUAUAUUUCAUCAAUAGGUUGCAGUAUCAUGAAACUCCACAUAUUUGGAGUUUAAUGUUUUUGCUGAACGAAAUCAGUACUUACACUGAAUCAGUUUGAACGUACAUAUUAUCUUUUGAAGAAAGUGAUUCAUGUUGGAAAAGAAUCUUUAGGUGCUUCUACUCUAAUGUAUAUUACCUGUGGAAUUAAAAAGCAUCUUCAAUCUUCAAAGUUUAAAUCUUCUAUCUUUCAGGAACCUUUGAUUUAAUUUUAAAUAAAAACUAUGUACAAAUAUUGGCGCUAAUGAUAAUUAAUUGGAAAUGGAACAAGAAUAACUAAUUGAGGUCCAAGAAAUGCAGUUCAAGCAGACUUUUUUCUUCACUUCUACUCCCCAAUUUAUGGUAAUCAUAAUACUAGUUUCAAAUACAAGUCCAGGAACAAUUUUGAAAACUCUCCUGUAUUCUACUCAACGUGGUUAUUGCAUUGGUCUAGUCAAAGUAAAGAAGCAACUAGCUGUUCAAUAAAUAAAUUAUUAUAGGUGCUAGGCCAACUAGUUAGAACUCAGAGGUUGUUUCCGCAUGCUGUAACUCACAUAGUUUGUCAUUGAUUCAACUGGUGGUAUUUUCACAGAAGACAUCCCACAGUCUUGUUUUUCAAUGUAGCCUAAACAGUUGAUUUCUUUCUAAAGAGAAAAUAUUCUUCCUAAACUCUCUUAACACCACAAAUCACAUACAACCUUUAUAAUUUUCUGUCGACAAAAUAUAUUGAAAUGUAAUAAUAUCCAAGAAUAAUUUUAAUGUAAUAUACAUGCCUAAAUUUGAUCAGAAGGAUUUUGUUGUUAAAAUGUAAUACUAUGAAUGGUAGGCUUUAGACUACCAGGUUUAUUUUGGUUUGUGGAAACUUAAUGCAUUUCAUCCUAUGCCACUUAAUUGUCUGGGAUUAUUCAUUUGAAGAGCAGAACUCUUUCUGUGCACUCAGUUAAUGGAGGUACAGAAGAGUGGAGAGAUGAUGCUCAGAAACUUAGGAUAGCUUUCUGAAAGCACAUAGUGUUGGCCUAGCUCCACCCCCUUUGAAGUCAUUAGUUAAAACUUGCAUUGAUUUCAUAGGGAGCAGAGCUAGGGUAUGCUGAUUUUUUUGGAAUUCCCAUCUUUAAUAAUGCCCCAAAGAGGCAUAGUGAGUUUUUUUCUUUUAAUGUUAUAAUUCUUGGAAAGAUGCUUGCACCAGAUGUAUAAAGAAAAAUGGGAUAUUCAAACAAUUGAAAUUUGAGGGCUGUCAGGCUUGUUAUUGUGCUGCUUAAUUUGACAAGAGAAUGUACUUGUCCAUUUCCUGGAUAAACAUUGAAUAGGUGUCUCCACUCUCUGAAUUUUAUUUAAAUAGCUAGGCUGCAGCUAAAAAGACUUCUGUAUUCCUUAUGUUAAACUUGAUGACUUAGUUCAUUCAAUGAAAAAGGAUGAUAUCUGGCCUGCCUGUUAUUUCAAAGGAAAUUAUUAAUAUAGUAAUUGUUAGCACUGAUCACUCUAUUCUUGUUUUGGAAAUGGUACAAAACACCUAUGAUGAAAUCUUGGCUCCAUUUAAGUCAAUGAUAGUGUUGUUGUGGACUUCAGUGGGGUUGGGAUUUGACCACUAGUCAUUUUGAAUUUAAUGUAAUGUCAUGUUGUUGAGAGUGUCUAUAGCUAGCACUUGUGAAUUUAGGGAAAAUAUUUUAUAUAUUUUACUUUUUUUUAGUGACAGUAAAAGUUGGAAAGAAUAAUUCCCUAAAAGUUAGGUUGACUUUUAAAAAAAUCUCUGUGGUUGCUAAAUGGACAGAAAAAGUCAAGAAAAUGUAAAAUUAUAGCAGAUACUAAUAGAAUACUUAUUUUUAAUUUUCAUUAGAAUUCAUUGGGAAGCAUAUUGAUUUCCAACAUCAAAAGACUUCAGCAGAUGGAAAGAAAAAGCUUGCCUGUGUGUUGAGUUUAUUGUAUUUGUAAUGGCUUUUCAACCAUCUGUUGACAUUUUUAUACAAAAAGUAAAGUGAUUUCCUGUA